AAAAUUAAAUAAAUAAUAAAUAUAAAUAAAAAUUUUCAGGGAAACAUUUCGAUACAUAUUCUUUUGUUUUGCUUGUAAAUAAAUUUCAGGAGAUUGAAAAUGCGUUAUCGACGACGAUUAACAAUGAAAAGUGUGUCCUCGCAUAGUUUGGAUCCUGGCAAUCAGGUGGAGACGCAGGAGGAGGAGGAGGAUCCAUGCAAACGUGGCAUAUUACGCAAUACUUGCUGUCGCCGUUACAGAGAAAGAUUGCGUAGCAGUCGUCAAACGAAUAUAUUCCAAGGUCUAAUGACCAUUGUGGGCAUUUCAUUAGCAAUAAGUUUACUCAUUCUGAAUGGCAUUGAGGUGAGCGAAACAGCCAGUGAAAUGGGUCUAAAGGCAACGGCUGCUCUAGCCUCAGCAUCGGCGGCUAUGGAAAUGAAUCAAGCCAAAGAUGCCCUUUGGAUGGGCAUAACAAAAUUAUUCGCUAACAUCGGCGAAUCAAUGCCCCAUCAACAGGUGGGAGAUGAAGAGGAGGCGAAGGGGGAGCCAAGUAAAACGACUCAUUCAUAUCAUUAUCAUUGCAAAGAGAAGCGUUUGGAUACAAAACAAAUUUUUCAUCAGAUUGGCAAGAAAGUGCUUAAUCAGGAGCAGGCCUUGACACGCCUGGAGCGGGCAUUAGAUAGCGAUUGCAAAUUGAAUUCUAUCGCCCUAUUGGGCCCGUCCGGCGUGGGCAAGACUUUAACGGCCAUGACAUUGCGUCAGCAUUUCCCAUGGCCCGAAAAUGUGCACGCCUACUCAUGGAGCACCUAUGUUCCCGAUGAAGUUCGCAAAUUUCAUAUGAUCAGGCAAUUUGUUGAAAAUCUCUCCGAUUGUGGCAAAAAUCUAUUAAUCAUUGAUAAUCUAUCGGCAUGUGACUAUAGCAUUGUGCCCAUUUACAAUCAAAUGACGGCAACGACGGUAGCCAAUCAAAGUGUUUUCAUUGUCUAUAUAUUCAAUUUGGAAAACGAACACUAUUGGCAACAAAUUGAUAUUCUACAAAAUUUACCAGACGAUACAACUUUAGUUAAUUUUCGUCCCUUUGGACGUAAUGAACUGAAGGAUUGUCUGGAAAAUGAGCUAGAAAUGAGACAACAAUAUUUCGGACAAAAGACAUUAAGGCGCAUUAUAAACAAAAUUUAUGAUGAUUUCUAUUCCAAGGGCUGUAAGGGUUUAAGAGAGCUUAUAUUAAAGAAUGGCUUAUCAGGAAUCGUUUAAGAUACCUACACACACACAUACAUACACACAUACAUAUAUUUGUAUA